CUUUUCUGGUUUUUAUAACAGAACAUUUUCUCUUUUCCUUACAGUUUCAGUUUUUUCGAGAUGUACAAUGAAUGCAGUUCUCCUUCUUCCGCUAGAUCAACGAGAAGUACUACCCACAGAAUGAGAUCUCCGAUCUGCUGCCUAGGAGCCAACGCGGUGGUUGAACCUGAAGCGAUGAUCGGACCGAGAACACCUCGAUCUCCUUAUGAGUGGCUCAAAUCCACGGCGCAGGAGCUCGAGCUCAGAGAACGUUGUCGCCGGGUCAAGACACGCGUCAAGGUUACGUGCCGCAACAACAACUGUGCUUAUAAUUGCGCUCACCACCACCACCACCAGCAGAGACACCAGAGCUAUCCUGGAGAUUUCAGCUACGAUGCGUUGAGCUACGCGCUCAAUUUCGAGGACGAUGUACGAGCGGACGAGGACGGUUCUUUCCCUAAUUUCACGGCGAGGUUGCCUCAGUCUCCGGUGACGAAGCCUAGAUCGGCGAGGGUUGAUCUUAUUUCGUUCUGACCGUUAAGUAGUCCCCUUUGUUCGUGUGACGGCGGAAUGUGAAUUUUUCUCCGUUGUGCUUAUUUGAGAAAUAACGUACGAGUAUGACGUCAUUAUUGUCUAUAUAAACGCUCAUUCGCAUAUUGAUUUGAGCAAUUCUCUCGGAUAGAUUUUUUUAGUUUUUGUCACAAAAAUUGACGCAUUUUUUAUUUUGAUUU